GAAGAGCCGCUGGCGGCUGGCGUCUUUUAUUUCGUAAAAUUUUAAAAAUAUUUUUAUUUCUAGUUGUGUCAGUUUAAGAGAAACAAUGUUAAAAUAGAACUUUUCACUGUGUGAUAUAGUGCAUUAUGGCGUUACUUAAAAAUAACGGGCCUAUUGUGGACCCAGCGCUUUGCCGAUGCUGUAGAGCUAUCAAAAAAUGCAGAAUUCUUACUGCCGAGUAUACUUGGAUGGAAAAGAAGGAAAUUUAUGCGGAUAUGGUCAUGGAUUGCUUUGGUAUUGUGCUUUCUCAUGUUGAUGGCGAAGACAAAGAUUCUGGAGUGUGUGCUACGUGUGUUGUUCGCUUGCGUGAUGCGUGCGCGUUCAGGCAACAAGUUCUCCAAUGUGAAGAGAUGUUUCUUAGUGCUAAGCUUGAAGAUAAAGAUGAAACAAAGAAACUGGCUGAGAUGGUUGAGUUUGAAUUGAAAAUGGAGCCGAAAGAUGAUGGCAGCGAGCACAAUGAAGACGAUGUUGUACGAAUGGUUCCACAAGUGAUGCCAGAACUGGAUUUAGAGGAUACAAAACAACCGAAGGAAGAAAUAAUGAAAGCUAAAGAUGAAAUAGCUAAGAUUAAUGAUUCGGCUAAUGAUGAUGAUUUUAAUGAUGCUGAUUAUAAUGAUAUUGAUAAUUGUUCGGACUCAUCGUCGAAUUCGGAUAAACCGAUUAAGAGGAGGAAAGAGAAGAAGCCUAAGAGCGGGAUAAAGAAGAAGAUUCAGAAGAAAGUUAAAACGAAGAAGAAAGAAAUGAAGAAACUAAAAGAAUUGAAGAAGCCACCGGUUGAAAAGAAGAAUAAUCAUGACCGAGAUUUGGACUGCAUGUCUGAAGAAAAUUUACUCACAAUAAUACAGUAUUCCUUCGUGUGCCCCUUUAAAAAUCGUCGCAAUAACUACUACUGCUUCUAUUGCAAGGAUUAUUAUCCGAAGCCUGAAGAUUUGAGAGAUCAUACAGUCUCCCAUGAUACAAAACCGUUCCAACUCCUGAUGGGAUAUAAGAAGAUGCCAAAAAUUGAUAUCACAAGAAUUGACUGCCGUCUCUGUCCAGCGAAGAUCAAUGAUUUGGAGACUUUCAAGCGGCAUAUCGAUCAAGAUCAUGGAAAGAAGAUUUAUUUUGAGGCUCCGGACAAAAUGCUUCUAUACCGGUUAACAUGGAAUGAUCUAGUGUGUGUUAUGUGCAGUGAUGUGUUUGAGGACUUUAAUACCCUGAACACCCAUAUGGUGGAACAUUUUAGCAACUUCACCUGUGAUAUUUGUGGUAUGUGCUUCCUUGAGAAGGCAAGAUUGGACGCUCACUUGAAGAGGCAUAAAGAUGAUGAACGGCAUACAUGUGAGAUCUGUGGUAAAGUGUUCAAAUCGAACCACUAUAAGGACAUGCAUGUGGACAUAGUGCAUAAGAAGAUAGCGAUUAUAAGAUGCCCCAGAUGCGAUGAGUGUUUCAUGUCAUAUGCCCUGAAGAACAAACAUUUGACAGAAGCCCACGGCCAGAAGAGAACAUAUCCAUGCAAUUUGUGUGACAAAGUCUAUAACCGACAGAAGACACUCACAGAACAUCAGAGAAGGAAUCACCAGAAGGUCUUGAAGCACCAGUGCGAGUAUUGUGAUCAGAGGUUCUACCUGCCAUCGAGGUUAAAAGAACACAUGGCAACGCAUACAGGUGAAAGAAACUUUAGAUGCGAGUACUGUGAUAAAAGUUAUCCGAGAUUGAAGAGUUUGCAGUAUCAUAUAAGGACACACACAAAUGAUAGGAGGUAUAGGUGCCAUAUUUGUGGGCAGGCGUUCAUACAGAAUGCAAGUUUGAAGUCGCAUAUCAAGAGUCAUCAUCCGGAGUGUGAUGUUGAAGGAUGCUAUUUUUAGAGUAAGUUUUUAACUUGUAUUUGUUAGAAAUACGUCGGCCGAAUUGGGGGUUGCGAGUUGAAGGGGGGGGAUUCUCAUUACAAAUUACUUCCGGAAACGGGUUUUUAAGAUGUGUGCGUGUACAAGUGACACGCACACACACUACAUGUACACACACAAACACACACACACACUUUAUGAGAUUAUUUGAGAUUAUUUACAGAAAUUGGUUAAAUAAAGUUUAACAAAAAGCUUAUCAUAGAUAUUAAUACAAAUAAUACAAUUAUUUAAUUUUGCCAUAAUACUAAGAUUAUUACAGAAUUUUAUCAAUUCUAAUAUAAUUAUUACUAUCAUUGUUACUGUUAUUAUAUAUCGUCGAAUCAUCCGUGGUAGCGAGAAGAAAAAGAUGGCGCUUAAUCGAAAGAUAUGACGGUAAAUUUUUCCAACGCCGAUAAAGUUUCUCUUCAAUAAAUUUUCACAUAGACGCAACUACGGCAGUCAAAAUUACUUGGACAUCCCUCCAAGUUUUGAAGAGAAACUUCUUUAUGGGCGCUGGAAAGAAAAAUCAUCAAUAAACAUAUGUGCAAUUCACACGU